CUAGAUAAUGUCUUCAUGGAGUAAUAUAACUCUAUACCAAGGUGUAUUGAUACACCUUGUUCUAUACCUUAGAAUUUUGAUUCUUGUUAUCGACUUUCGAGUCGAUCGGAGUACCGGACGUCAGUAUGAUAAUGAAUAAUAAUGAUUACCUAAAUGAAUUUUUUUCUUUCGAGUUGGGAUUUUCAACUAUAAUCUCCAUAUAUUGUUGAGCGUUUAAAAUAAAAUAAAAUAUUGUUAAGUUAAAUUAGUGUAGUGUAUACUGAAUUGUAUAACCGGAUAUUCCAAUAACCGUAAUGGAUUCUGACACUGAAAAUCGGAGGGAAGAAAAUGGAGAUGCUCCCAGACACACUUUAAUUGGAAAAUGCGUUAUGAAAACCUUAUCUCAUCCACUGGAUUAUGCUAGAUUUUUGGUGCAGAUUGGCCAUGAACCGAUGGCACCAUAUCGCUACAGAAGUAUUUUUGGUGAAGAAAGAUUAUUUCUGCCGAAUUUAGUAGUCUAUGCUAAAUACAUAUAUUCAGUUGAUGGAUUUAAAGGAAUGUAUGUUGGAUUAGCUCCUAAGAUCAUAGGGAUUUGUAUUGAACAUUUUUCGUCAUCACUAAUGUCUGAUUAUAUUCAAAUUGAUAAAAAUCUAAAUGUAGAUAAUACAGAUUCAGAUUUAGAAGUAUGGAAAAAAUGUGCAAUAAAAACAUCAAAAGAAAUGAUAUGUACAGCCACAAGUAUCAUUUUGAGUCAUCCCUUACACAUUGUUUCUAUGAGAAUGAUGGCCCAAUUUGUGGGUUAUGAACAUCGUUACACUUUAGUGUUACAAUCAAUUUUACUUAUUAAUCGUGAAGAGGGAGUAAAUGGACUCUUUACUGCUAUCAUUCCACGUCUGUUAGCUGGUUUGGGAACCGUAAUUCUUGUUAAUGUUGCAAAACAAGCAUUUUCACGUUAUUUAUUUGAUCCUUCACCCAUGACUUUGAAUAUUGCUGACUUUGCUGCUUCGUAUUUAGCUAAUGCUGCUACGUAUUCAUUUAAUGUUGUCACUGCUUGUACAGCAAUUAACAACUGCGGGUUAGCUGCUGGCAUGCCUCCAGAUAUGCCUGUAUUUGGAAAUUGGUUGGAAUGUAUGAAAUAUCUUUACAGAUGUGAUCAGUUGAACCGUGGAUCAUCAACUUGGUUCAGGCGUGUUCCACUAACACAAUCAAAACUUUUAAAAUUGCUCUAAUUUAGGUGCCUAGUCAUUCUAUGUUGAUUGUUAUUUAUAUGUACAAAAUAAGAAUAAGUUAAUAUUUUAGUAAAUAUUUUUAGCAGAACUGGAAACAUAAAUAGUAUUGUAUCAUCAUAUUUAAAUUUUCAUUUUUAUUAUUAUUAAUAAUUUAAACAUUUAUGCAGGG